AACAGUAAACCGUAAAUUCUUCAUCCUUAUUUGACUUAUUUCCGUUAAAUUUGAAGAAAUCAUCAAUUGAAAACAAAAAUGGCAAAUUCCCAAAAUAGUGGCACUACUUCUCAACGAUGGUCUCUUUCUGGGAUGACUGCUCUUGUCACCGGCGGUACUCGUGGAAUUGGGAAUGCAGUGGUGGAAGAAUUAGGCGGUUUUGGAGCAAAAGUCCACCUUUGUUCAAGAAAUGAGGCAGAAUUAAACAAGUGUUUGGAUGAAUGGAAGGCGAAAGGUUUUGAAGUGAGUGGUUCUGUUUCUGAUGUUUCUUCUCGUGAACAACGACAGAAGCUCUUGCAAGAUGUUUCUUCAAUCUUCAAUGGGAAGCUCAACAUUCUUAUAAAUAAUGCGGGUACGAAUAUAAGAAAUUCAACUACGGAUGUUUCUGCUGAAGAAUAUGCCAAAAUCAUGACCACCAAUUUGGAAUCUGCUUACCAUCUAUGUCAGCUUGCGCACCCUCUUUUAAAAGAUUCUGGAGCUGGAAGUAUUGUAUUCAUAUCAUCUGUUGCAGGUGUUACAAGUAUAGGUACUGGAUCUGUUUAUGCGGCCACUAAAGCUGCAAUUAAUCAGCUGACAAAAAACCUGGCAUGUGAAUGGGCAAAAGACAAUAUUAGGACCAACACUGUUGCACCUUGGUAUAUCAGAACCUCGCUUGUGGAACAUUUGCUUGCUGACAAGAGCUUCUUAGACAAGGUUGUUUCACGCACGCCUCUUGGCCGCGUAGGAGAAGCUGAAGAGGUAUCCGCUAUGGUGGCAUUUCUCUGCCUUCCUGCCGCUUCUUACAUCACAGGCCAAGUUAUUUCAGUUGAUGGUGGAAUGACUGUCAAUGGUUUUAACCCUGGGCUUUACUAGAUAGAACUUACUUCUUCCUUUAAAUAGACUAGUUACUUGUACUGCUUGGCUAUUGGCAAUUUGGCACCCUAUAGUUAGGAAUGUCUAGCCUUGUAAGGUGGUCAUUGCUGAUAUGCAUAGAAAGAUUAUCUUCUUUGUACAAGUAAUGAGCUUUCAUCACCUAAACACAUAAUAAGGCCCUGUUUAGUUCACCUUAUUUCUUCUGAACUGAUCUGGUCUGAUCUGAUCUAGUUUGUUCUGAUCUGAUCUGAACUUAUUUUUUCUAGUCUGAUCUGAUAUAAUCUAAUCUGAUCUGAUUCUUCAUAA